AUGACUAUGAGCAUGGACGCUGGCGGUCUUGCUCAAAUGACUUACAACAACAACUUCAAUAAUGGCACUUCUCUCGGCGUGCCGGGCUCCGGCUUCGCCUCGCGAGGGAAGGGCUCUCACAUCAAACGCCUGAGUAUGCCUCCCCAGGUGGCCACUAUCGACGAAUCCCAGCCGUCCGCUUCGAUCUCGACCCCGCGCACCAGCCGCUCGCAUCUCUUGGCUGGCCUGCGAACCGCCCCCCGGUCUGCCACCAUUCCCUCGAACCAUCAGCAGCAACCUGGUAUGGACAGUGGACGUUUCGCCGGAUCCAAACGAGGAAUGGAUCGGGUCCCUCAAACUGCUACAGGAGCCGGAUUCCCGCAGCACAGGUACUCUUCGAACCACGGGAUGAAUACGCAGCAGAAUCGUCCGGUGUACACUCUGCCUGAGCAGGUGCUCGCACCUCCCACGUUUGAUGACUCGGGCAUCGAUGAGAAUAUGUACGCGGAACUGAUGUCGACCAACCUCUUUCUGGCUGCACAGCAGCAACGUCUGCAACAACAGCUGAUCAACGUCACCGCUGCUGCUCAGCAAUUUCAGGGUCUCACCCUGGGAGGAAUGUCGCUCCCCCAGCAGCAGGCUGUGCGCCAGGCCAUGCCUUCUCUCAAUAUGAAUAUGUCCGGCAUAGGAUUCUACCAGCAGCAGCUUCAGCAGGGUGUGCAGCCAAUAGUGCAGCCAGUUCAUGGCCAGCCCGGCUUGUUCUGCGUCUACAACCCUCUCACCGGUCAGCAGAGCUACAUAAUGGACAACAGCGCCCAAGAGAAUGGCUCGCCGCAGCCGUAUGAACAUCACUCGUCAACCCAGCAGGUGCCACAGUUCCGUGCUGAGAUCUCCCCGCCCGCGGACUCUCAUCCUUCUCCGAUGUACUUCUCGCAGCCGAUCUCCCCUCCCAGUGGCACUCCUUCGCCGCCAGUCGAGUCUGCAAACGCUUUCCGCCGGAAUCACAGGAAGAACACUUCGUUCAACCCUGCACUGAAGACGAACAUCGAUAUCACCAAGGCAAAUGUCGGCUAUGGCCCUCGGUCGGCUGCUCUGCCGCCUACGCCUGCCACUGGCACCUUUGGCCCCGGUCAAGCUCGUGCUGGUGAGCACCCCGUCCGUCAGCCCCGUGGACCACCCUCCCUCGAGGACCUCGUGGCCAAGCCUACUUCCAACCACGAGGGCAGCAAGAACUUUGCUACCCGCCAGCGGCGCCGUGCCGUUCACAACUUGGUUCGUGCUGGAAUCGAACGUCGGGGCGACUCUCGUAGCUACGGAUACAACAGCAGUGGUGGCACCAACACACCGGCCAGUGAAAAGGAAUUCACCUUCUCGGAUGGUGAUGACGCUACUGUCCGCAGUGGUAGCCUCUCCAGCAAGCCCAGCCUGGGCAGCCUUCGCGCGGCGGCCAAUGGCGCCAUUGGAUCUGAGCGAAAGGAGAAGACCGGCCGUGAUCGCAAUUCUCUUGACAGCCCUUACUCCAGUGCCACCCCGACCAGCGAGGAUGGCUACUUUGGGUCGAAAUUUACAGAUGUUCACGCGGAUCAUGUCCCCUCGCCGACGGGUACCUCGUCGCCUUCCGUGGCGGCCGUCGUCGCAGGUCAGGGGCAGCAGCCGGCUCAAGCACCAGAACGCCGCAAGACGCCGAUGCUUGUGUUGUCCAGCGCUGAAAAGCGAAAGACCCCUAUCAUGUAA